AUGACAUACCCUGGGCUGAAGCUGUUCAUGGAGAAAUUGAAGCAAAUGAUUUAUAGUAACAAUAUUCCACUGGUCAGCAACCACCCAUCAGUCUUAUCUGAAAUGCCUCUAUUACAGCUGCUUUAUCAAGAGCUUGGAUCGAUUAUCCAAACUCUAUUCUCUGAGAAAAGAAACUACCUACAUAAGCUUGAAGAAGUAAGAAAUCUGAAGGGAAGAUUCAAAGAUGUAGUAGAAGAGGCACACGAUAUGCUUGAUCUUUUUGUGCUCGAUACACAUUCCAAUUCCAAAAACCGAAUAUUUAUUCAAAUGUUACCUAUCAUUGACUUCCAUCCAAGAACCGACAAACAGAAAAACCAAUCUGUUUGUGCACUGACUGUGGAUGUUAUGAGAUCAAUCAAGUCUAUCAAGGAGGAGUACUUUAGUAUCCUCCAUAGCAUGAAGAUGGAACCUCAUCUAAGAACCGACAAACCGAAAGCCCAAUCUGCCGCUGCUGGUGCUACUUCCUCCUCCAGAAAUUCACUAGGAUCGAACAGCCUAUUGGAUGAAAUCGUAGUGGGUCUUGAUUGUGAAGUUGAUCUCAUACGAGACAAACUUGCCGAAGAUACGAGCAAGCUGGAUAUCGUCUCUGUUGUUGGAAUGGGAGGAUUAGGUAAGACUACCCUUGCUACCGAAGUCUUCACCGAUAGUUUUGUUCAUUAUCAUUUCAAGAUACGUGGGUGGGUCACUGUUUCUCAAACAUAUGAGAAAACCGAUCUGUUAAAUCGAUUAUUGGUAUCUAUUGGAGUUAAAAUAGACCUUGAUAAAAGGCAUCUUUACUCUCAUCUUCGUGAAAAGUUGCACAAGUCUCUUAUGUGCCAAAGAUAUUUAGUUGUCAUUGAUGAUAUCUGGAACACAGAGGCUUGGGAUGACCUGAAAGUUGUGUUUCCCAACCAUAAUAACGGAAGUCGACUUCUGCUCACCAGUCGCCACAAAAAAGUUGCUUUACAUGCAAACCCAUAUGGUUUCAUCCAUCAUUUAAGAUGUUUGACAGAUGAAGAAACCUGGGAGUUGCUGCGUAAGAAGGUGUUCCAUGGCCACGAUUUUCCAGACUCGUUAACUGGACCUGGAAUGCAAAUUGCAAGAAACUGUCGUGGAUUGCCACUUGCUGUGGUUGUCAUAGCAGGCGUUCUAGCAAAAGAACCAGUAAUCAAAGAAUCAUGGGAAAGAAUUUCCCAGAGUGGCAGUUCAUUAAUCAUCAAGGGGCACAUGGAAACGCUGGCUUUGAGUUUGAACCAUCUACCUGAGAAACUGCUUUCUUUAUCUAGGAGGCUUCCCAGAAGACUAUAG